AUGGCAGACUUCCUCGUAGAAGUCACAGGAGAGGCCCCCGAUACACCGAGCACAUGGUGGAAGCUCCACGUUGACGGAGCAUCCAACCAAACAUUUGGAGGGGCCGGAAUUAUCCUCGAAAACUCGACAAGAGUAGCCUUUGAGCAAUCCAUCAAGUUUGAUUUUCCAGUCUCCAACAACCAAGCCGAGUAUGAAGCCUUGAUAGGGGGACUGAUGCUAGCCAAAGAAGUCGGAGCGUCAAGGGUAGAAGUCAGCAGCGACUCCCAAGUCGUCACCUCCCAAGUAAAUGGCAGCUACCAAGCCAAGGAUGCGCUGCUACAAAAAUACUUGGAAAAAGUAAAAGCACCAUGCAAAAACUUCGAAGAGGUCACAAUCCAGCACGUCCCCAGAGAAAGAAACACCCGAGCCAACCUCCUUUUCCAAGCUCGCGAGCACCAAACCCGGCACUGGGAACAGAUCCUUGAUCCAAGGGCUAGCAACGGAACCUGA